UCCAGCUGUCAGACUAUUUCUCGAACAUCGGCGUUCGUCAAGUUCGUCUCGAUUUUUGAAAAUAAUUUUUUUUAAAGAAUUUAUUGUCUCCCUUGUAAAAUGAGUAUUGUGAAAUCUAAUGAGAGUUAUAAUUCUUCUGUAGCGUCUUCUCGCGUAGAAAGCAGCGACGAUGUGGACACGAUAAAAGUGAAAGAUUAUGUGAAGGAGCUCUUGAAGUCACGUAUCUUCUUGGGGCGUUAUUUGGAAAGGAGGCUGAGCGACCCACGUAUCGGAUACCGGGAUGUAGUACUCCUUAGUCCUGCUGAAGUCGACCUGAAGAGAGAUUUGAUUGAAGCACAACACAAAUUGCGUUCUGUAUAUCCUAAUAAGCAUUGGAUAGGCAUCACAGAUGGUGAGCUUAUAGGGCACCCUGGAUUGUGCUUGUGGACAGAAAUUGACAACCAACCAUUUGGACCGUUUUGGUUCCAAAUCAAAAGCCUGAAAUAUAGAGAGGAGGAGAUUAUUAUAACUGUCAAAUGUAUUAGGCACAUAAAUGAAUCAUUUUUAGAAAUCGAGCCCAUCCUCACAGGUACUGCUAAAAAGAAGGUGGCCCUCUUGAAAGCUGACCAAACAGAAACUAGUAGCGAAGCUCUAAGUGAGACUUACAAUGAAAUUGUAGAGACUCUAAAGACUGCUGUUUCUAUAAGAAACAUAAAAGAGUUUAUAACAUUCCUUUGUGCUUUUGUAAUUGCAGUUGUCACUGGUAGCACAGCAUUUAUAAAUUUUCUUGGCAAUUUUGUGCUUGCUUUAAUCAGAGAACUGUCUGUUUUAAUAAAGAGCUCUACACCUAUGUUUUUGGGCUUUCUAGAUUUCUUGAGUAAGAUUGUUGGAGGAUUCUACAUACUAUUAGCUAUGUUUUUCAGACCAAGCAAUCCUGCACCUGUUGAUAGGAGAAGUAUAACUAAUUAUGACAAAAGUAGGAGAGGUAGAGUAGGAAUGACCUAUGAGUCUUUUGACCACACCAGCUUUGAUUGAAUUAUUUUUAAGUUUAUUAGAUCUCAUGUGGGUAAUUGCAAUGGGAGAGGCCAAAGUUUUCAAUUUUAAAUCUUGACUGUACUGUAGCUAACAUUCCAAUACUCUGUAUUGUAUUUCCUUGUCUUAUUUAGGAGCUAAUAAUCUUAUUUUUUUUACUGCAAUUAUUUUGGUACAAAGUUUUGCAUUUUGUAGAUAAAACUUUAUGGGUAUUUCUCACUAUGCCUAUGAGCCUAUAUUUAACAGUGAUGUCUUAAUCAUAAAACAAAUAUUAUAAAUUCUUUUGAGUAUGUACACAUAUGGAGCAAAAAAAGAACAAUAAAAGAAUAAUAUUUUAUUUUAUAUGUUACAUUGUAUGUGUACUGGAUUUUAUACUUAAUUUUAUAUAUAUUUUUUCUACAUUGUAAUUAAGAUAUAACUUUGUUAGGUAUUUGGUGUAAGUUUUUGUUGAGUUGAGAUGGAAUAAGUAAACAUUAUAGUUAAAUUAAAUGGCUUUUACAUUUCCUCAUUUUCUGAUUCAAUAGGCACCAUAAUUAUAGUACUUGUUGUUUCUAGAACAGAAAAUGAUUUAUAAAAUCUGUUUUACAUAAUUAUGUGAAAGUAAAAUUAAUGAAAGGUUUAAUUAUAGAACAGUGAGAAAAUGACUUCUAUUAUUUGGAUUUUUAAACUUAAUUGGAGACUUAUGGACGAAAUGGGGGUUUUAAGUUAGAAUUCAAACCUUUUUUUGAUCUAUUGAUAUUAUUAUGUCUGCUUGAUUUCCAAUCACCAACUGAAAAUUAAAUGUCUGGAUAAGUAGGUAUCUGGGAAUGAUUUGGCUUUCUAUUUAAUUUACAUGCACAAAUACUUAAAAUAACUUAAAUUACAUGUGGGGCAAAUAUGAAGCAUAUUAUAAUUGUUUGAACUAGGUACAGUUUGUAUUGUUAAUUAUAUAAUAAUAUACCUACUUUGUGGCGAAUUACGCUCACGAUUGAUUUACAUAAGAUUCUUUUAUAUUUGAUUUACCUAUCGUAAUAAUUUUAAUUAUUGUUAAGUUAAUUGUUAAUAUGUACGAUGUAACAAAAUUAUUUAGUUCAUUUCCGAACGUUCAUUUUAAAAUGUCAGUUUCUGAACGUUCCCUGUUUGACAUCAGAGAGAGCAACUUUUGAACGCGCAGGCAACAUGUUGUAACUUGUCCGCCUUACCAUAACUUAUGUUUUUGUCUAACAAUUUAAAGAAAAUAUAAUUACUUUACACCGA